AUGAGUGAACAGCAUGUCUGUGAAGCCUUUAGCGCAUGGAAUAAUGUCGCCUUCAUUGACCCGAAAAGGAAAGGAAACAUUGCGCGUUUUAUAUCGCAUGGAUGUUUUCCCAAUCUCAUCAUAUAUGCCGAAAACGAUCUGCGACUUAGCCGUUCUCGAGCAGUUUUGUUCGCUUCCCAACCCAUUUUGGGAGGAUCAGAACUGUUUUUUGACUACGGAAACCAAUAUCUGUCUCGAGCUGGUUUCAGCUGUCAAUGUGGAACGAUGUGGUGUGAUUCGGUCAGAAAGGUGUGGCGUUCGCCGUACCCUACACAGGAAGAGAUGACAAGAAAGGCGUUAGCCUACUUUGCCUAUAUCGACGAACGCAUUUCUGAUUAUGAUGUUAGAGCGAAGAAGUUCCUCAGAGAAACUGGAAAGAUAAAACCAGAAUAUGGUAAGAUCCACGAAACAAUAAGCUUCGCAGCGACCGGGCCCUGUCCCCGGUACCGUUUUCAAAAGGCGAUCUGCGGUGGUAUGAACGCGUUUCUGUGGGACUGCACUAGCAGCUAUCGGAUGCAAGUCGUAGGUCAAAUACGGUAGCG